UCUGGUGUGGUUCAUCCUCUCCUACCAACAUGAAGGUGGCUUUUUGCCUGUUUUUCACCCUGUCCCUCUUCUUCUUGUACUCAGAUGCUAUUGAAGAAGAAGGAAAACCAGUUGAUUGCACUGGCUAUCCCACAUCAGCAUGCACCAAGGAGUACCAACCCCAUUGUGCCUCUGAUGGCAUUACCUAUUCCAACAGAUGCCUUUUCUGCAAUGCAUUUAUUGAGAGCCGUGGAAUAAUAACAUUCAAAUACUAUGGAAAAUGUAAACAGUAAUGCAAUACAGAUCCAGAGGACUGAGAUUUUUCUCCAAGCAACAUGGAUCUUUCUCCAUCCUUUUU